AUGGAGGAGGCGCCGCAGACCGACGACGACGGCUUGAUGGACUGCGGCGUCAUGGAGGACGUCGCGGUCGGCGACCUGGAUCUCAUGGAGGAGCUGUUUAUGGCGGCGCCGGGGUUCGAUUUCUCCGACUUCUCGCAGCCCGGGGCCAGCGGCGCGUCCCCGGGGGCCUGCUUCUCGCCGCUGUUCGACAUCUGCAGCACCACCACCACGGCGACUCCCCCGCCGGCGCCGGCACCAGCUGACGACGACGACAGGGACCAACAGGCGGCCACCCCGCCGCCGUGCCGCGGCUGGGUGUUCCAGCCCCGGCCGGAGGUCGAGGCCACGGUGAAGGAGCGGCUGCGGCGCGCGCUGGAGCGCAUCGCGUCGCUGUCGCAGACGCAGCCCGGGGAGCUGCUGGCGCAGGUCUGGGUCCCCACCGUCAUCGGCGACCGCCAGGUGCUCACCACGUGCGGCCAGCCCUUCUGGCUCGACCGCCGGAACGAGCGCCUCGCCAGCUACCGGACGGUGUCCAUGAAGUACCAGUUCUCCGCCGACGAGACCGCGCGCACCGACCUGGGGAUGCCCGGCCGCGUCUUCGUCGGCCGCGUCCCCGAGUGGACCCCCGACGUCCGCUACUUCUCCACCGAGGAGUACCCGCGCGUACGCCACGCGCAGUUCUUCGACAUCCGGGGCAGCGUCGCGCUCCCUAUCUUCGAGCCUCGCAGCCGGGCAUGCCUUGGCGUCGUCGAGCUUGUCAUGACCACCGAGAAGGUCAACUACAACGCCGAGAUCCAGAACAUCUGCAGCGCUCUCAAGGAGGUUGAUCUCAGAAGCUCUGAUGUUUCGAGUGAUCCCCGUGCAAAGGUGACUGAUACUUCUUACCGAGCAAUCAUACCAGAGAUUGUUGACGUUCUCAGAACUGUUUGUGAGACACACAAACUGCCACUGGCCCAGACAUGGAUACCCUGCAUCUGCCAGGCAAAGAGGGGAAGCCGCCACACUGAUGAGAAACUCAAGGACUGUGUGUCUACCGUGGAUGAGGCGUGUUACGUCCGCGACCUAAAAGUAAAGGGCUUUCACGAAGCUUGCUCUGAGCAUCAUCUGUUCAGAGGCGAGGGUGUUGUUGGCAGGGCCUUUGGAACGAACGAGCCAUGUUUCUCCGAGGACAUUACCACCUCCAGCAAGAUCCAAUAUCCUCUCUCUCAUCAUGCCAAACUUUUCAGCUUAAGGGCUGCAGUGGCCAUCCGGUUACGAAGUAUCACCACUGGAAGCCUUGACUAUGUCUUGGAAUUCUUCCUGCCAGUGGACUGUAUAGAGAUUGAACAGCAACGAGCCAUGCUGAAUUCUUUGUCCAUUACAAUACAGAAAACAUGCUAUACGCUUCGAGUUGUCAGCUUGAAAGAACUGGUGGAUGAAGGAUCAAUUGAAACAAGUGCACUAGCUCCACCAGAAUAUGCCAAAACUAUGCAUGAAAACCUAGAUGAGGUUUGUAGUGGCAUUGAUGUUCCUGCAAGGACAGCAUCGCUGGAAACUUCUAAGGAGGUAUCCUCAUGGAUAGCAAGCCUUGUGUGUGCUCAAAAUAAGGGAGUGAAAGAAAUGGAUGGUGAUCUGCCAUUUGGAUUCAGCAAGCAAGAGGAUGAAGGGUUUAGUGUUACAGCUGGCUGGCAUACCUCACCAGUAAUAGGGCCUGAAGGUAGCAUCUUUUCAGGGUUUAAGCAACAUGAAGAAUACAAGGUCAAGGAGGUAACUUGUCUCAGAGAUCCAAGCUCUUCCAACUUGGAAAAAACUGUAGAGAAGAGACGGACUAAGAUGGAGAAAACUGUUAGCCUGGAAGAACUUCGGAAGCAUUUUGCUGGUAGCCUGAAAGAAGCUGCAAAGAAUUUAGGAGUGUGCCCCACUACACUAAAGAGAAUAUGCAGGCAGCAUGGAAUUAAUCGUUGGCCCUCACGGAAGAUUAAGAAAGUUGGGCACUCCCUGAAGAAAUUGCAAAUGGUGAUUGAUUCAGUACAUGGUAGUGAAGGAACUGUUCAGCUCAGCUCAGUCUAUGAAAACUUUACCAAGACCACAUGGUCAGAAAGAGAGUUACAGGGGGAUGCCACUUAUCCGUUGUCUGAGGAAAAAGGUCUCUUGGAACCUUCUGUUCCUGAUCGGCAUUGCGAGGGCAGAUUCACCUCGCAUACUUCUGGUUCUAAUUCCCUCUCCCCCUCUUGCAGCCAAAGCUCGAAUUCCAGCCAUGGUUGUUCCAGUGGUUCGAAAUCACAACAACAUGGCAGUGCUCCUCAACUUGCAGUAAAGAAAGAAGUUCUCAUGGAGGUGAAUCAGAGCUCCACACUACUCAAAGAUGCGAGCCAUGCGGAAUUGCAGAUGUUUCCUGAAGAAAGACCUGUCACCCUGCCUAGGUCUCAUAGUCAAAUGCUUUUUAGUGAACAAAAACCAGUGGAAAACAUGGCAGGUAUGCAAAUGUCUAAGCCUGAUUCUCUCAAGAUAAAAGCCAUGUACGGCGAAGAAAGAUGUAUAUUCCGACUUCAGCCUAGUUGGGGAUUUGAAAAGCUAAAAGAAGAAAUUCUAAAGCGGUUCGGCGUUGCUCAGGAGAUGCACGUGGACCUCAAGUACUUGGAUGAUGAAUCUGAGUGGGUUCUUUUAACAUGCGAUGCAGACCUGCUUGAGUGUAUUGAUGUGUACAAGUCAUCAAGUACUCAAACAGUAAGAAUCUUGGUACAUUCUAAUGGCCAGUAA